AUGAAGACCGGCGCCUCUGUUUCCAAUCCGCGUUCGAGGCUAAAGUGGGACACAUUCCUCAGUUUCCAAAGAGAUACGAGGCACAAAUUCACUGAUCGUCUCUAUGAAGCGCUCGUCAAGGAACAGGUCCGGGUUUGGAACGAUGAUGUGGAAGGUGGGGAUCAUGAUGAGCUACGUCCAAGUCUCGUGGAGGCUAUAGAGGACUCGGUGGCAUCUGUUGUAGUUUUAUCCCCUAACUACGCUAACUCUCACCUGCGCCUCGAAGAAUUAGCUAAGCUAUGCGAUCUGAGAGCAUCUCUGAAACGUCUGGUGUUUCCGAUCUUUUAUGAGGUCCAACCAUGGGAAGUUCGGACACAGAACGGUCCAUUCGAAGAAUAUUUUAAAGAUCAUUCGAAAAGUUUCGGAGAGGAGAAGAUACAACGAUGGAAGGGAGCUUUGACUUUAGUAGGAAAUCUCUCCGGUUUAAUUUACGGAUACAUUUGA